GCAAAAUAGGGAUAAAGGAUAAAACACUUUGCUGUUAGCAUGGACGGGGAGUGCAAUGCUAGCCAUGAAAGGCUUAGCAAUAGCCUACUGUACACAGGUAAGUCUCUUCUUAAGCACUUCAGAACAGAAAAUAUGCCAGAACUAGAAUUAAAUUAUUUAAUUAGCCUAAUUUUUACUGAUUUAGUAUAUAUGUGCAGGUUAACUAUAAAUUACACAAGUAAAGCAUUGAAAUUAUGUUAAAUCAAAACAGUUGUGUUAAACAAUGUAUGUAUAUUUUCUUUUUUUUUUUUUUUUUUUUACACUAUGUUACAUACCAUUUCAGUGUUUUGCAUUAGUUAUUUACAAUGUAUUGUAGGGAUAAUAUAUCUGAUAGUAUGCAAUUUUUGCAUCUUAUAACCUAACAAUUUGCAAUUAUUUUUUCAGAUCUCCACAAUUUCAAGUUUAAUCUAUAAUCCUCUUAAUGGUUUGUCUUCUACAUUGCUUAUUGAAGAGCCCUUAAAAGACUUAAUUCUAUAUAUGUUGCAUGCUAUGUAAAAAUGAUUUGGAGUGUAUGAAUAAAGUUCGCUGUCAGAGUAAUAGGAACUUUCUGCUAAAGCAAUUAACACAAUAUAUACCUCAAUUAGAUACUUUUGCAUACCUUUUAUAUGUAUUGUGGUGUAUAUGGGAUUAACUUCAAACAUAGUUUACGAUUGGUUAUAAUGAGCCCCAUCUGCACACCUCCCAAAUAUUCCUACUUAGAAGGGGCAGUCCCUAUUUUUGGCUAAAUCCCUCUGUCCUUCUUUUCUAUCCUAGUAUCACUCCUUUUCUAGGAGCUCCAUAUUGUUGAUGUGUCUGAGUGUAGAGCAAUGCUCCACAACAAUAUUAUUCACAGUUUCUUUAAACUACACACUCCUAAAGGUGAAGUGUCCAACUUUGCCCAUUUGGAAUGUUGGGAGAUAUGCAUUUGAAUGCCAAAGUAUAGACAUCUAGCUAGUGAGAACGUGUCAUAUUGAAUUCUAUUUCAGGAGACUUACAUUUAUGGCUCGGUGCCUACUCUGUUUCCUAAUAUGUCUAUGUGGCGGACCACCGUAGUAUCACUGCCAAGGAUUCCCUUUCCCGUAGUUUUAUAGCUCCUUGCAGAGAAAGUAAGUAGUAUAGCUGGUAUAGCUUUCCCCCCAUACAUUAGUCGAGACUUAAUGCUAGGAGUAGAUCUGGUUUUAUUAAGCUCAGCACAGUAAUUUCUACACGGUCCCCCAGCAAGGGGUCCCUAUUCACAGUACAAUGAUCCCGCCCUGGUGCGUCUGAGUCUGGGAGAUAAUUGAAUUGCUGCUCGCUAAACUAAUUAUCUCCCAGAUACAGAAACACAAAAACAACCCAAAACAUCAUAAAGGCAUAUAGGAACCCCACACAUUAUAUAUGCCCAGAUAGCUCUGAUUCAAACGCCCAUGUUGGCAAAAUUGCGCUCGGGUCCAUGAAGAGAUGACAAAAUGCCACCGGGGUAAAGUUUUGACCAGUCACGCACAUGGUCCAUGCCCAAAAGAGUUCCAGAACAAUUAGGGCUGUGGAUGGUCAAUUGUCGGAAGCUUCUGUUGAUGAGGUAAUUAAGGGGUGCUCCCCCUGGCUCCCAGGUAGUGAUUGUUCCACACAGUCUGAGGCACCUUCACUCUAAAAAGCACUUUUGUAGCUAGAAUGGAAGUAGGGGAAAAUCUGGGUGGAAGUUGGACAGGAGUUGGGACUAGCUGCAGCCGGACCGCAGUUCCACAUAAGUCCUGCUACAGUCUGUGCGGCUUUCUGGACUCUGUUUACUGUUCAGAGAAGGGCGCUCCAGGGCAGUUGGCUUGGAGGGGCAGGUGCAGGCAACCAAGAGUAAUGAAAAUCGUCUUUUGGUUGGCAAAACAUGGGAAAAGUGCUUUAUUUGGAGGUUCGUCAUCUGUACUGUUAAUUGCCUGCCAGAGCCUGCAACAGCCUUCUCUAUGUAAUUAAUGUUUAAAUAACAGAGCACAAGAUAGUAACUUCUAGUAAAUACACUGUGUUGUCACAUGUUCAAAAAUUAAACCUUUUUUUAAUGAAAACUUUGUGAGUCGCAGUCAGGUGUGGUAUGACUAAUGCUAAUAAGUGAAUUAACUCGAAAAUCGCAGAACAUUGAGCAGUUACUACAAGGACAUGUUCAAUACGCUAAAACCACGUUAGUAAGCUAAAGUUGUUUUGGUGCUUAGAGUAUCCCUUUAAAUAGUGAGUAGUGAGUUAGUGGGCUCAGCAUAGGCGUGUUCUGCGUGUGCCUGGGCACACCCUAAUCCCCGCGGCACGCCUAUGGAUUGAGACCGACAGGGGAGAUCUCAGGAUCCCCCCUGUCAGCUCAUGCAGAGCCGGCGCUAUCAUAGGCGUGUUCUGCGUGUGCCUGGGCACACCCUAAUCCCCGUGGCACGCCUAUGGAUUGAGACCGACAGGGGAGCUAUCUGAGCGCCGGCUCUGCUCUAAGCCUCCAUGGGCCGGUGGGGAGAUCAAAGAUCUACCUCACUGGCCCACAGCAGCAUGGAGGGAGGCAGGAGAGGACCCGGGGAGCUCUUGCCAGCAGCUCCGCCGGGUUCCUCUCGCAAGGUCGGAGCGUUGCCGCGGCAGCGAUCAGAUCUCGCGAGAGUGAACUCUAGCCCUGCAGGCUAGAGUUAACUCUCAUCACUAAGACCACCAGGGAUGGCAGAAAGGAUCCCCCCUCCCUACAUAAGGUAAGAAGGGAGGGGGAUAUUUACUAAACGACCUCCACUGGAUCACCAGAGAAGGCAGCUGCACGGUACUGAUAUUUUAUAAACUAAUCUGCCCCCACCUCCAUCCCCACAAAUCACCCAAACAUACAGCACACACACAUACAGCACACACACAGCAUGCAAACAGAACACACACACAUACAGCACACACACAGCACCAGCACACAUACAGCACACAAACAGCACCCACACACACAGCACCCAUCCACACACAUACAUACAGCACCCACACACAUUCAGCACCCACACACACACACACACAGCACCCUCACACACACACAGCACACUAACAGUACCCUCACAAACACAAACAGCACCCUCACACAGCACACUAACAUGACCCUAACAAACACACACACAGCAAACUACCAGUACCCUCACACACAAACAGCACCCUCACACACAGUACAUUAACAGCACCCUCACAAGCGCACACACACACAAACACCCUCACCCACAUAGCACACUACCAGCACCCUCACACACACAUCACACUAACAGCACUCUCACACAGCACACACACACACACAGCAGUGUAUGUGUGUGUGUGUAUAUAUGUGUGUAUAUAUAUAUAUAUAUAUAUAUAUAUAUAUAUAUACAUACAUACAUAUAUAUACGCGACGUGUGCUUGUGCUUUAGGGUGCACACCCUAAUGCAACAGGCUGCACACGCCUAUGGGGCUCAGUGUAAUGCACUAUGAGAUCAAAUCAAAUGAGGAAAUUUAGCGCCUCAUCUGAUGUCAAAAAUAGAUCAGAAAGUUAUGUUCCUUACAGCCCAGCACUCCAUAUGUCUUCCGAAUAAAAAUCCCCUUAUUGGCAACCCAUACCAAUAUUUGGACAGGUAUUGUGUUUUUAGCAAGCUCUGGUUGUGACGGAUCUCCCAAACUCUGAAUGAGUACCUCUGCCAAGUCAGCUUCUUAGCUGCUAUCAAGUGUGAUUGAGGUCACUGGGACUUCUUCCAUCUUGGACCAGGCUGCAGCUCUCUCCUUCCAGGCUGUUAUAAUCCCCUCUGCCUUUUCUCCUUCAGCUCUGUUACUAGGCAGGUAUUCACAAAUCUGCCUACACUGUGACCAGCUACUGUCUUUACAAAGGCACUUGUGGGUCUUAGGCCUACUUCUUAUGCACAUAUGGUGACAAACUCCCUUACUGUUUAAACUUACGGUGACAAACUCAAUCUAAUACAAAUAACUAAAUCAUAUGGGGAAACAUACAGGAAAUCAUAAUAACACAAUGACAUAUUUCUAAAUUGGUAGGGAAGACAAUAACUAACACAAAAUAUCUCAUAUGCCUGCAGAAAUCGUUAUAUGCAAAUUAACCUGAAUAUGCAAAUUAGUGAGCUUUGCUAUUCAGGUAGUGCAUAUAGCUGUUUCAAGAUCCUCACAACCAACUGAUAGCGCUGUACAGGCUCCACAGCCAAAUCCACUUAGUUAGUUAAGAUCAUCAGCAGGAAACGAGAGCACACAAAGCAAUUAACAGUAAACAAUUACAUUAUAUACACCAUAUAAUGGGCACAGGCUGACUAAAAUAUACAAAUAAAUCAGGGACAUACAUAAAGUGUCCGUCUUUUGCACCCAGUAAUAGUGACUACUGUCACGCUAGCUUUUAUAUACAGUAUGUAUUCCUAAUAUAAUCUUACAUUUAUUAGAUUACUAUAUUACCUUUUUGUAUAUUUAUUUAGCACAAUAUUACUUUAUUAGUACUUAGCAUUACUAUGGCACCUUUGGUAUUGCACAUUUAAAGUCUUAGGUACAUUGUUGUGUGAAUCAUCAGGUAAGUCCAUUUUGAAUCUAUUAUACUUCAUUUUGACCCCAAGUUGCAAACACUAUAAAAUGUGUAUAUGUAUAAAGGUUGUGAAUAUUGAUUAAGGUGCUGUAUGGUAUCCACUGCAUUUAAACCUUGAGAUGCAUUGUGAACAUUUGUGCUGGUAGAAGUGUAUACCUGGGUGCAGUGGUGUAUCCUGGUUUUGUGCUGCCCUAGGGUUCAGUGGGGCUGCUGGGCGGGUGGCCGGCCGGCGACUGCAGGCGGCGAGGGAGCACUGAUCCUCCUGUUCAGCUCCCUCGCACGCCGCAGAGUGAUGCCAGGAGCCGGAAUAUGACGUCAUAUUCUGGCUCCUGGCAUCACUCUGUGGUGCGCGAGGGAGCUGAGCAGAGAGCUCUCUAACCAGUGCUCCCUCGCCAGCGCCGUCCGCCCGCAUUGUCAGUUAGCCUUGUUUGCCUUGCGACUAAUAUGUCCCUGCCUGGGUGUUGUGUGUCCUCGAAGAGCACAGUGCAAAAGCACAGGCAUUAUGACCCUGCAGAGUGUGCUUCAAAAGCAUGCUCUGCAAGAUCCUACUGGCUGUAGUAUGGCCAGACAUGCCCCUUCUCGUGACUGCACACGCAUCCUAAAUGCAUAGCUCCCAAUGUUGGUAGGUAUAAUGAAGUAACAGGACCAAGGUUUUUGGACAGUGAGGGCGGGUGUAACAAGGAUAAUUUAUAUUUCUAAAAGUGGCAAUUGCUAUUAAAAAUCUGCACUUUUUUUAAAAUGAAAAAAAGGGGACACACUAGAGCUAAAGUGAGUGUUCCUUUAAGAUAUUUGUUUGGGGCAUGCAUGGUCUUGUUUCUCCAUUUCCCCUCUUCCAACUUUAUGGUGUGCCCCCACAGGUUCAUUUUGUUGUGCUGGAGGACACCCAUCUAUUUUUAUUAUGUGUCUGCUUCUGGAGCUAUUUGAGCAGACUGUCUUCCAUCAUUAGGGCAGUCUAAAUUUGUAUGAAGGAAUAUAUUAAUUUCUGUUAAGAUGAACGCUCCUAGCAAAGUGAUCAAUUGGGAAGGUGACUUUUUUUUUAAGUUGGAGCUUAAAUUAAAGCUCUUGCACCAAAAAAAAAAAAAAAAAGUUAAAAGCAGACUAAUAGUCAAAUCUUUUAUCUUUUCAUUCCAGGACAAGGAUGGGCCUACUUCCGACAGAAACACGUGAUUCUUACACUUGGUUUCCUGGGACUUUCCUAUAUUCUGAUUCUGGCUCUCUUCAUAACUGUCUCAUCUAGGUGUUAGUAUUAGAUCAUUUAUUUUCUGUUUGUAUAUUUAUGAUUAAUAUUGUGUGCAUGUAGUGGAAUAUUUGAGUGGUGAACAGCCCCAUGUUGGAAUGUUUUUAGCUGCCAACUUAAAAAAGAACUUGUCAACUUUCUCUUACUCUUUACUCUUACUACCAUCUCGGUAAACUGUAUAUGCACAGGGAAUCGUGGAAAAUGUAUUUGUUUUCAAUCCUUGGGUCAGCAGAAGCUUGCUUUAAAUGGAGAUAAAGAAGGAUUAAAAUGACUUAAUAAAAUAAUGUUUCGUUAACUGUUACAUUGUAACAUUAAUUCCAAAAUUAAAGUUUCUUUAUAAAUCAGCUUUUUCAUUUUAUUCCCUGCCAACCCCCAGCAUUUCUUGAGGUUCCCCUAUCCUCCCUAACCCGACCAAUGUUUGGUGAUGAACUCAGGACCUACGGCUACCUACCAUUUUUGUGUCCUGUCUGAUCUUUGUAUACUGCACCGCCAUCUUGGUAAAAUCCACUAUGGUGGCGUGCUGGAAAUCUCUGCUAUCCUUAGGAAUAAGGUUUAAGUGCAUGCACAUUCCUGUUCUUUCAGAUUGCGUAAGCGUCAUCAGUUUGAUGAGGCGAUGCAACGCUGGAGGGAUGUAAGAAAUGGUAACCAAUGACAAAGCUGGCAAAUGAUGUGGUGCUUGUUUAAAUCUUCACCUUUUGUCAACCUGUAGUUUCUAAGCAAGAAAAAGUAGUCCCUACUUUUCCUUCUGUAUAACUUUAUAAAACAACAUAAAUUCAGCAGAAAAAACCCCAAAAAACUAGGCUAUCCAGGGGGACACAAUGGAGCACUAUAAAAUGUUUUCUUUUAAAGUAAAGGCUGCUUUAACUACUUUUUUCAUCUUUCCCAGUAAAUAAUAUAUUGUUUAGUGGAGGCAGGUAGGAUAAGAAUAUCUGAUGUCACUCUUUUUCUCUGCUUCUUUACCUUGAUAAUUUGUUUAUACACUUAUCAGCCACAACAUUAAAACCAUUGAAAGGUGAAGUGAGUGACAUUGGUUAUUGUUAGAAUGGCACCUUUUAAGGGGUGGAAUAUAUUUAAGCAGCAAAUAAACAGUUAGUUGUUGAUCUGGGUGACUUUGACAAGGCCAAACAGUGAUGGCUAGAUGAGGGGAUCAGAGCUUCUCCAAAACGGCAAGUCUUGUGGCGUGUUCCCUGUAUGCAGUGGUUAGUACCUACCAAAAGUGAUGCAAAGGAAGGAUUGUCUAAGCAACCAGCAACAGGGCCAUGGUCACUCAAUGCUCAGUGAUGCAAGUGGGGAAUCAAAGGCUAGUCCACCUGGUCCGAUUAGACAGAAGAGCUACUGUAGAUCAAAUUGUUGCAAAACAGAAAGGGGUUGGUAAACAAAGUGCAUCGCAGUUUGCUGAGUAUGGGGCUGCGUAGCCGCAGACCAGUCAGAGUGCCCGUGAACUCCUGUUCCAUGGUCCAGUAUGAACUGGACCAUGUAACAAUGGAAUAAGGUUGCCUGGUCUGAUGAAUUAUGUUUUCAUUUAGGUCAGAUGGUUUACCUGGGGAAGAGAUGGCAGUAGGAUGCAUUAUAGGAAGAAGGCAGGCCUGUGGAGGCAGUGUUAUGCUCUGGGCAAUGCUCUGCUGGGAAACCUUGGGUCCUGGUAUCCAUGUGGAUGUUACUUUGACAUGCCACCUACCUAGGAAUUUUUGCAGACCAUGUAUACCCCUUCAGGGCAAUAUUAUUACAAACAAUAGGUAGUGGACGGCGCAAACCCCACACAAUCUGAUAUAAAAUCUGUGUGUACAAACCACAACACAUAAAGUGUAUAAUAUGUUAUAGACAACACUUAUAUAAAUGUACUGAGUGGUAAUAAAAUAUACAUAAGAACCAUACCAUAAACAGGUUAUAAAGUGCCCCCGAAAUAAAAAGAGAAACAGCCUCUCUUUGGCAACCCAAUAGUAUGCAAUAAUAUAGAAGUAGAAUAGUGAAAUCUAAUAGGUAUCACACUCACAUUUCCUUGAGCCUGCUAAUGAUAACUGGCUCAGGUAGUAUAGCCUUGGAGUGACACAAUACUUCCACUGGAUAGGAUGAGUUCUUGAUCCCCAGUAGUCACAUAGAAUAGGAGAAAGGCAAACCCAGUUUAAAUAAUGUAAAUAAACUUUAUUAUAACACACAAAAACCUUACAUCAAGGUAACUGGAAUGCAAUAGUCCAACAGCGCAACACAUUUCAACGCUCCUCUUGCAUCUUCCUCAGGUGCAAAUACUAUCCUAUCUAUCGGUCUUUUAAAUCCGGGUUUGGCGCAGAUUUCGGCGGAUUUAAAAGACCGAUAGGACAUAGGAUGGUCUUUGCACCUGAGGAAAACGUAAGAGGAGCAUCGAAACGCGUUGUGCUGUUGGACUGUGGCAUUCCAGUUAACUUGAUGUAAGGUUUUUAUGUGUGUUAUACAAAAUUUUAUUUACAUAAAUUUUAACUGGGUUUGCUUUUCUCCUAUUCUAUGUGACUACUGGGGAUCAAGAUACUCAUCCUAUCCAGUGGAAGUAUUGUGUCACACCAAGGCUAUACUACCUGAGUCAGUUAUCAUUAACAGGUCCAAGGAAAUAUGCAACUUGGCAGGACUUAAAGCAUCUGCUGCUAAUGUCUUGAUGCCAGAUACCACGAGACACAUGCAGAGGUUUUGUAAAGUCCAUGGCUCACGCAUAAGAGCUUUUUUUGGCAGCUCACGGGGAACCUACAAAAUUUUAAGCCGGUGGUUUUAAUGUUGUGUCUGAUAAGUAUACCUUAAAUGUCUGAGUUAUUACUUAUUCAGAGUUAUCUCUGUCUUUAUCAUGGGAAGAAACCUAAUUACUAGAAGUCAGUUUAACACAUUUAAAUGAGCAAAGGUUGUUCUAAGUUUGUUAAAUCACCUUUUUGGGGGGCGUAGAUAGAUGGGAGUACUAAACACUGCUCCCCAAGUCCACAGAACCAUGAACUUCCCCAGAGGUCUAGCAUUCGGUUGGUAAACAGACCUGUGAAUUAAUCCGUCACAUAUCACGUAAUAGCAAAUCACAUUUGGGAUGCAAGAGUAAUGAUCCUUUGUGAUUUGGGCACAGUCUCAAUCACAUCCACAUUCAAGCCUGAUGAAAAUAGUAUAGUAUACAAACAGGUCAAUAGAUACAUUAUAGUUGUAGUUCGGUGACACUUUGAGUACUGUGUGUCAUUAUAUAUUUAACCAUUUACAGAUUACAGCUUGUUUUAGGCAAUCUACUGACCUUUGACAAUGGAUUCUGAAUUUUUCUUCUCAGUAACAUGGUUCUUAGAAACUAUAAUGAAAAUAAAUAUUUUUCAUUCUAUUUUUUUUUUUUUUUGUGUGUCAAGCAUCUACAUCUGGUUCAGAAAUCCCAACUGAGCUAAGAGAAAUGAAGAAUGAUGGUAAGACAAUAUGUAUAUUUGUUACUGGGACAACUGUUAAUAUAGACCAGACAAUUAAAACACAAUUCUAAUUUUCAUAGAGUCCCUGUUAGUUAGAAUAAUAGAGCAGCAAGCAAGUGGUUUGGUUAAAUACUAUUUACACUGAUUUUAUAUAUGCCCCUCCCCCUUUGAAGUUCUCAUUCGAGAUUUAAUUGACUGUCACUUUUCUCUGAAAAGGCAGUAUUUACAUGAAAAGGCCUACAGGAACAGGGAGUAGAAACCAGAACAACUACAUUAAGCUGUAGUUUUUCUGGUGACUCUAGUGUCCCUUUAAGUUAUAUCGUUAUAUGUGUGUACUAGCCUACUAUUUGCAUUCAAAAAGAAAAAUGCAAUGGAGAGUCUUUGUGGAAGCAACAGGCAGAGGAAAUUAAAAAGGAAUUUGCUAGAAUUUCCAGAUUGAAAGCAAGAAGCAAAUUUAUGCCAGAUUUGUAUGAUGCACAAUAUUACAUGACAUUAGUUGAUUUAUAUUAAAAGCAACUAGCGCUGUGCAUAACAUAAAACCAAAAAAUAGUUGUGUUCACAAUUAUAAAGUGAUUGGCUAAAUGUUUUUUUUCCAGUGGCUAAUAUUACCCGGAAAAUAAAAAAGCUUGAGAAACACCAUAAGAGAAAUGGUAAGACAGUCUAUAAUGCAGUAAAUUUAACACACAUUAUACACAGGUCAUGUAACACAGCACAGUGUGUAUCAAGAAAUGUAAUACAGCAGUGCCUUGCAAAACAUUCAUCCAGAUGUUCCUCAUUUAUUAAAGUCUAGAUUUAAAAUUGAUUUUAUUUGGUACGUUUACCAUUUAAUUUAGACAAAAUACAAAACAUUUUGAAGAUGAUAAAUUAUUUUAUUGUGACUGUAGCGGAACCCCCGCUGAACUGUGAACUGCCCUGAUUACCCUGCAAUGUGUGUUACUUUCCUGACCUCCCUUUCGUGUGUUUUCACUAUCUUGGCCCUGUGUUUCAUUUGUUGUGUUUGUAGUUCUACCUGCUCCACGUUCGAAAGUACUGCCAUGGACGGGACUCCAUUCGCCUCCCGAACGGGAACCACCUCGAAAUCCCAUUUUGAAUGUAGUUUUAGAAUGUUCACAUUUCAUAAUGAGAUGUCCAAAUCGUUAACAGCAAUGGAAGCCACUGCGCGUGCCUCCCCUGGGUGGCAGCCUGUUCGUUAGACGAAUGCCAUCCAAGGGGAGCAUUCGAGGAUUGCUUCCCACAUCGUUCGGUUUACGAACGAGGACCUUCCCGGCACCCGUUGGAAUGUUCACACCAAUCAAUUAGAACGUUGGCAAUUCGCAACAUAGUGUGAAACUGCAAGGCAAGUAAUUGAGUGCUUCUCUGGGUAGCCGCGUUCGUAUAGCUGAACGCCGGCCAGGGGGAGCAAUUCAUGUCCUGAAGCGAGACACUUCCUGGUUCCACACAGGGACCCACGAACGGUGGCUGUUUGUGGCACUUAGCAUUCUGGGGGUCCCUGAGAUUGGUGGGGACAUCCUUUGGGUACAAUAGUGGAGGUUGGCGGGCUCUCUGUCACUGGGAGAUAAAGAGACAGGAAGUUUCCCACGCUACAGCCCCCAGAUACAGAGUCUUCUGGGAAGAAGACCCCGGACAGGGUAAAGACCCUGGGAUGGGACACUAAGUGGCGGGAACAGGGGACAAAAGGACUGGAGUUCCGUUUCCGUCAGGGGGCCCCUGGGAGUGGGAGGGCCCUGUGAGGGGAUACUGAGUGGCGGGAACAGGGGACAAUGGGACUUGAGUUCUGGUUCCGUUAUACGACCCCCGAUGGGGGAGGUCCGUGGGAGGAGACAAUGUCUUCAGGUGUGUUCCAUCCUUUGCACGGGGAAAGUAUAAAGCCGGGUGUGGCCAGUAAAGUUGUUGUUGUACCCCUGGAACUGUGUGUCGUCCAGAUACUGGGAGGGAAAUGGGUCUGUCCAUUUAUCAAUAGCGGAGGUAACCAGCCGGGUUACCCAGGAUCCGCUACAGUGACACUAAAUGUAAUCAAACUAAAUAAAAUCAGGCAUUUAUUGGUAUAAAGUAUUAAAUCCCAUUGGUUUUAAACACCUAAAUAAGCUACAGUUAAAGCCGCACUGGCACUGUCUGGGGACAAAUUCGAAAACACCCCCAAAGGUGACAUCACCGCUGGGGGACUGGUGGCUGGAAUGAAGUAAAGUAAGUAAGGUAAAGGUGAGAUUUGCUUAUAUGAACCUGUCCCUUGUGGGCAUGGCCACCUUCCUCUCGCGAGCCCUUUUCACCUCCUGACACUUCAGCAUAUGCACGAGACUACAGCAUUGAGGGCUACAGCACCAAUCCCCUGCAGCCAUAACUGGUGACAGCUGUUGGGAUUGACAUUGUAGCUCCGCUCAAAGUCUAAGCAAUUCAGGCAGGGGAAAUACACAGAGACUACUUUGUCUCUGUAGACCUCUUGAAAUUUUAGUGACAUUCCAACACCGUCAAAAUUUAAAUUUCAUAAAGAUUCUUGAACUGAGUCCUUUGUGUUCAAGGGCAGAAUUUGUUUCUUCUUUUUAUAAAUAUACAUAUAUAUAUUUUAAUGACAGACUUUGUGAAUAGACUCAGAAGAAUUUAGUGUGUGAUGUUAAUAUAACAGUAUGAUAUAUACCUUUCUACAUAUUCAACAAAUUGUAAUUAUAUAGUUUAUACAUGCAGAUUCAAUGUUCUAUAAUGACAAAUUGUAUUAGCAUAUUUAUGUCUGCGUUUACAUAAGAUGUUUAUAUUUCCACAGGAGUGGACUGUGACUCUGAAUGGAUUGUAUUCAAUGACAGUUGUUAUUACUUCACUGUUACUAAAUCAAACUGGAUGAAGGCUAGAAGUCUUUGUGUAAGAAAGGGGAGUGAUCUAGCUGUAAUUACAAGUGAAAUAGAGCAGGUGAGUUAUUUCAGCUAUUUCAUCUAUUUCUGAUCACUGUAUAAAGUAGAGCUAUGAUGGAUUAGAGAAAACUAUUAAUAUUUACCUUUUUCUGUAUAUAACUAUGACAGUAUUGCUACUGUGUUAGCUCCUCUCACUUGGCUAAUCAGCCAAGAAAUGCUACCAGUUCCAUGCCUGGGGCAGCCUUAACACUAGCAAUGGGACCAGGCGGAAAUUGUAUGGAACACACAGAUGUUCCUACUCGCUCAAUUUAACACCUAGGAGAGCGCUUUUUGGAGGGGAGAUAGAGGAGAGACAAGUAAACAAUUUCCACCUAUGAGUCAGGGGGAGUCCCCUUUUUCCAUGAAGAAAAAAGACUCUUUCUUUGACCAGCAUUUAGCCGCAACAGCCUGGAACUUCGCACCAGAUCGGGAUGUGACCUUAGCCCAGUUCCUGUUCAUUUAAUGAUUUCUCCGAUGUAGGUGCUUUUUGGACACUUUGCUUGGGGAGAAAGAGAUCUACCCGGGGGUGUAUGAUUUGUAUAUAUAAGUAUGUUUAAGUGAUGAUUUUUGUAUGUUUUAUUAUUUGGGCUCCCUGGUGUCUUAUAAAGUUAACGGUACUUAAUUAACCCCUUCCCGACCGCGGACUUACUGGGCACGUCCGACAAAAACGGUCCUUAAGGUCCUUAAAGGACCACUCUAGGCACCCAGACCACUUCAGCUUAACCCCUUAAGGACCAAACUUCUGGAAUAAAAGGGAAUUAUGACAUGUUACACAUGUCAUGUGUCCUUAAGGGGUUAAUGAAGUGGUCUGGGUGUCAGGUCCUUCUAGGGUUAAGCCAUUUUUUUAUAAACAUAGCAGUUUCAGAGAAACUGUUAUGUUUAUGAAUGGGUUAAGCCUUCCCUCUAAUCCUCUAGUGGCUGUCUCAUUGACAGCCACUAGAGGCGCUUGCGUGCUUCUCACUGUGAUUUUCACAGUGAGAGCACGCCAGCAUCCAUAGGAAAGCAUUAUAAAUGCUUUCCUAUGCGACCGGCUGAAUGCGCUCUUGCCGCGGGUGCGCAUUCAGCCCAGGAGGAGGAACGGAGGAGGAUCGGAGGCAGAGAGCUCCCAGCCCAGCGCUGGAAAAAUGUCCCCCUUCCAGAGCCGGGCGGGAGGGGGUCCCUGAGGGUGGGGGCACCCUCAGGGCACUAUAGUGCCAGGAAAACGAGUAUGUUUUCCUGGCACUAUAGUGGUCCUUUAAAAUAUAUAUUUAAAACUACUUGUACUUAUAGCCACAUAACUUGCAAAAAAAAAAAAGCUAGGAACAUGUUAACAUUGGGUAUUUCUAUACUCAGGACAAAAUUUAAAAACUAUUUAGCAUGGGUGUUUUUUGGCAGUUGUAGAUGCGUAACUGAUUUUGGGGGUCAAAGUUUGAAGUAGUGUGUUUUUUACACUUUUUCAUCAUAUUUUACAAUUUUUUUUAUAGUACAUUUUAUGAUAUGGUGAAAAUAAUUAUAUCUUUAGAAAGACCAUUUAAUGGCAAGAAAAAGGGUAUAUAAUAUAUGUUGGUAUAGUAAACGAGUAAGAGGAAAAUUACAGCUAAACACAAACAACGCAGAAAUGUAAAAACAGCCCUGGUUUCACUAAGGGGUUAACUUAUCUCCCAGACCUAGAGGCGCCAGGGCGGUAACCCAUUGAUUGUGACACCCUGUUGCUAUUGUCCCUGUAAAUACAACAGUUGGUGACAAUAAAAGUUGUUUUUUUACCCAUCACUAGUCUUGUCUAGUGUCUGGGGGGGGGGGGAGAUACAAUUACUGAAGCGCAACUUUCUCCUCAAGAUGAAAACAAUAGACAGAGGUACUCAGCUUGAGUACUGGGCUCCGUAAGAAAUAAGAUAUAUAUAUAUAUUAAUGAGAAACGACAGAAAGGACAUUUCAUCUAAAACUUGCAAUAUUUUGGCAUAAUGCUUGAUGAACGUGAAUGGCAUAGACAGGUAAUGGCUCUGAGGAAACAUCCUGCAUAUUACAGGCUUCAUCAUCAUUGAGCAAAUCCUUGAUCUUGUUCUUCGUUCGCUAGAACACAAAACAUUUCUUACAAAUGCUAGAAAACAGUUUGUCAAGAGAGUCAGCAAAACAUGGACGGUGAAUUAAUUCAUUUGUAAUAUUAUGGAAGUCUCUAUAAUUAGUGGCAAUAAUGUAUUUUUUUUCAGCAUUUUCCAGAACAGCCACAUGGCUAAAAUUCCUGAUCUGCAGGCACAAUCUCAAAUAACACACUUUGUGACUUGCCUUUUGAAAAGGCAGACUUUAAAAAAAAAAAAAAGCACUGGAUGUUUUAAUUAAAUAAAUUACCCCAGGCAGAGCAAACAUUUUUUAUUCUCUUGUCAGUCCAGAGCAUCAUUAGAUUAAAAGAAAUCUGGAUUUCACCCUUACCAAAGACAGAACACUUAUAAAGAGAAUGGAUGUAGAACAUCAAGCAAGAAACAGAAACAAAUUGUGGAACCAUGGGUAUGAAAAAAAGCUACAAAGGUUUCUUGGGUACCGGAAUACUAACUGGACAGUUUGUUUCAGCCACUACUGGACGAAAAAGAACUGGAUCAGUUGAUACCUAAACAGAAAUUCAGAAUGGAGAACACUAUGUCAGUAAUUCACAUCCUUCAAAAGAAGAACUAUGUGGUGUCUUUAGAUCUAAAAGAUGCACAUCUUCGAUCAUUGCCUCUGUUUGAAGAACAUUUUUAAGGCUCACCAUCAAGGUAAAUGGAAUAACAAAGCACUAUCAAUUGAAGUCUGUCAAAUUCAGCUUAUCAGAGCUCCACAAGUCUUUACAAACAUUAUGGUGGCUCUAGCAGCAGAUCUGUGGGAAAAAGGUAUAUCAGUAAUUGCAUAUUUUGACACCUGGCUGUUCAUAGCAGGAUCAGCAGAACAACUAGAGUGGAGAUCUAAAAUUCACAAUUGUCUACAAAAACAUGGCUGGAUAGUCAAUUGGGAAACGUAAAAAAAAAAUCCUUCCAGGGUCAUGACUUUUCCAAGUCUCAUUUCGUAUUCCACAAAUCUAAAAAAAAAUUUACCAAAAGGAAAGUAAAAAUAAAUAACUGCCUGAGCCACCUCCUGCACCAUCAUCAAGAUCUCAUAGAGGAGAAGUGGAGACUGUAUCAAUGCUUUCCUAUAGGCUGCGUUGGUAACAUAACUGAGUUGGUCACAUAACUGAGUUGCUCUUGUGAAAGCGCCUCAAGUGGCUGUCUGGAGGACAGCCACUAGAGGUGUGUUUAACCCUACAAUUGGAACAUUGCAGUUUGUAAAAAUCUGCAGUAUUUUACAUCGCAGGGUUACAACUACAGGACCAAUGCACCCAGACAACUUCACUGAGAUUAAAUGGCCUGAUUGUCUUUAGUGGUUCUUUAAAACAGUACAUUUCAAUUUAUUUGCCGAUUGUAGUGGAUGCUGUUUUUUUUCUUACAAAAGACAAAAAAAAAGACAAAGACAAAACAUGCGCGACCAAAUAUGGGUCCCCUCACCUUAUGUUAAAAAAAACUUCAAGAUAAGGAAUGAAACAUUAAUCCUAUGAGCAAGAUCUUUGAAAAGCUGAGAAAUAACCUUUUUCCAUCAGACAUUGAAAAUUAAUUUGAAUCACUACCGCUAUCAGAAGAAUUUCUUGUUUUUUCUUCCACAUUCUUGAAAUAACCAGUUUCAUAGCCAAGAACAACUGAAUAAUCAAAAAUGUGCCAUUUUUAUUAAUGUUAUCUAAGUCUAGAUGUAAAAUGGCCUUUUCUGGCGAUAUCUUUAUUUUCAGCUUUAAAAUAUCUGAGAUUAUUUGAAAGAGUUUAGACCAGGUAUUAUUAACUAGACUACAAGACCACCAGAAAUGAACAAAUGUUCAUUCAUUCACUUAUUCCACAUCUCCAGCAUAGAGCGGAAUGAUUAGAAUCUAUUUUAUGCAUUCUAGUGGGGACAAGGUGCCAUCUUUGCAUUAUUUUAUAAUGUAUUCUAGGAUAUUUAAACAGUGUGUAACUUUCCCAACUUGGAUCCAAAUUUUCCACCAUGCAAUAGUAUCCUGUAUUCCUAGAUCUUUAGACCAAGUGGUUUGCAAUAUCACUUUCUUUUCUUUUUCCAUGGUUUUAAAAAAAUUGAGCUUUUUUGAAGAUGUUUUCAUUUGAAUGUGUAGCAAAGAUGUUCUUUAGUGUUUCCAAAACCUUUGGAUUUAAUGUAGUUAUAAGAUGCGCUUUUAUGUAUUUUUAAAAAAACGAAUCAAAUUAAAGUAAUCCUGACUAGGUAUACCAAAUUCCAUUUUUAAUUGUUCAUAGGUUUUGAGUUAUAUUGAGUUUAUUGUUGAACCACUUCAACUUAGUCAUAUCUGGAAUGUUGUAUCAAAUUAUUUCUAUAUGGGUUUGUUUUAUUAUCUUAUCCUUCAUACCUUUAUUAGUCUUCAGUUUAGACCAAAAGGAAAUAAUAUUUGUAAUAACAAAAAUCGCCUAUGAUUUUCUUUACUGUUGCAUUAUUCAACCAUGGGAUAUUAUUAUAAUUCUUCAUAUCCAAAAUCUUUUGCUCAAUCAUAAACCUGUCAGGAUUACAGAAGAGUCCAGACUUGGAAUUCAGAUCCAACUUGUUACAUUGUUUAUCCCUUCUGCAUACCAUCAGGUUCCUCCAGGAGCUACCACAGUAACCGGUGACUCAGCACUGCAUACUUCUCAGUUUGAGUUUCUUCAAUAGUACCUCAAAGCCUUCAGUCAAGCUAUGGAAAGAGUAAAGAAUAACUUUCAUUAACCUCAUACCCGAAGAGACAAGACAAAAAUUGGUUUAUUGAGGAAAACACAGGGUGUAAUUAGAGCACAAUGUUUACAUAACAAUGAAUAGCAGGAGCAGCUAGUUUGAACUGGCCUGGGAGCCCUCUCCUAGAACAAUAGGGAAAUACCCUGCUGGUAAAAUAAUUAGGCAGGGAUGGGGGAGGGAAUGGAACACACAUUGGACAUUGAACAAGCACAUCCCAAUUGUAAAGCCCAGCCAUAGAAAGUAAUAUACUGUAUAUCAACUAUUUUACACCUCUACCGACAGCCACAGUAUCUUGGGUCAGGGCCACAGAGGCCAGUUCCAGCCACAACAUAGGGUCUCCAGGAAGGUGGCUGGCCUCCAAGCUUCAUAAACUAUAGGGUCUCUGUUUAGUUAAUGUGAGGUGACAUGGCAGUGCAGAGGAAAGGAAUACAAAAGUGGAGGAAGUUUAUUCUACAACAAGCAAAGCUGUGCAAUCCAGAACAAUUACUUAUACAUGUAUUGUAAGUCCCAACAUUUCAAACAUAGAGGGACACUUCAGUAGUAUGAGUGGUGGUAUGGCCAAGAGAUGAGGCCGUCAUGAGAAAUUUUAGAUGACUUAAUAGCAAUUUGUGCAACUAAAAUGUCAUGACGGACUGAAUCUAAACAUAUAUUUAUAGUAGUUUAAAGACGUAUUAUUGAGUGUAUAGUUGCUAGGGAGCUCUGGUAUACAGUCAGACAAACUAAAAAUACAAAACUCUUACAAAAGAGGGACAUUAAUAUAGAAAAGAGUGGCAGCGAGAUCUGGGCAUAAAAUAUGGGUUGUCUUUCCCAAAUAGGGGCACCUGGGAUGCAUGAUUUAUUUCUUUGUAAAGAUCAAUGCAAUUUACUAAUCUGACUCACAGUGAUGCAAGCAAGCCAAACUUGCCAACUCCAGUGUAAUUGAUUUUGAGGAGUAAUAACUCCAAACUGAUGGUGAAAUGAGAUCUGUCUGUGUUAAUGGUUGCGAGUUAGCCUAAUCUCUUAUUGAGACAACGAAUCAACCAUUGUGAGUUUUUGAAUAAGGAAAUUGAAUUUGGACUUAAAACCAUUCUUAUCCAGUUUUAGUGAUACAUCAACUCCCUUGAUGCUCAUUCAACAUUACAGCUGUAAGGAGAUGAUAUUACACAACAACACAGGUUCUGUAUUAGUGCUUUUAAAUUUAGGUGAUAUGGCUAUCGGUGAACAUUGAACUGUUGGAAAUUACUCAAGGAAUUUAAAAUUGUAGGUCAAAAUAACCUAGCUGAAUAAAUAGUUAAGUUGCAGAAAAUAUGUCUAUUUUGGCAUAGAAUUCUCUGGUCUAUUGCAGACUGUUCCUGGAUAAAUUGAUAAGUCAGCAUGUCUUCCACUGGGUCAAAGACUGUCUGGUACUACCGUGAUCCAUUAGAAUGUUGGAGCAGACAAACUGGUCUUUCAGGAGGUAGUGUUAAAAAAGUUUGAUAAAAGUAUGGCGAGGUUCCUCACGUGGACCAAAAUCAUACUAAUAGAAGUGCUACAAUCUACUCCAACAUCUGCCUCAUCCCCGAGGUGAGAAUAAAUCUUUAUUCCUACUCCAAGCCCGCUUGGAUGCAAUCAUACACAUUUGAUCAAUCAGAUAAGCUUCCAGCAUCCCACUGGAAAGAGUGAUUGGGUCCAAAUGAAAUCUAGAUUUGCUGGAUAUGUUAUAUUUAAAAAAUAAAUAAAUAAAAAUUAAUAAAUAAAAAAAAAACUCCUCAGAGAUCAAGAGAUGUAAAACAUCUUGUGUUCAUAAAUGUAUUUUUUUUUCAUGAUGUGUUGUGUGUUGGUAAAGUAUAUAUAUAUUUCUUUUUCUUUUUUUUAGAAAUUUCUGUCUCCCAAAGUAAACAACAACCAGUAUUGGAUUGGUUUGGGUUAUAUUGACGAAGGUAAAUUGACAUGGGUGGAUGGAACAGACUACAAUGCAUCAUUUAAGUAAGUUUACAUUGUUCAAAAACACUUUGUGUAUACCUUAAAAGUAUCCCUUCUUUGAAAAUAUAUUGUCUCUUUAAGGCCUAAAUACUUCUACCCCUUUCAUCUAAGAACUCAAAUGCAUUUUGUGAUGGCCACCUGGUUACUCAGCCAGGCAGCAGGACUCCCCAACCUCCCACCUCCUGUCAAACUACUAAAAUCACUAUUCCCUAACCCUCCAGCCUGUGCCUCCCAGCCCAGCGUCCCUCUCUCUAGCCGACCCAUAAUCACCAUUUGACCACCAGAGGGCCACUGAGGUAUGGUACGCUUGACCGAGAGCUACCUUGAACUAGCCAUGUCCGUUUCGGGUGCUUUUUGGACAGAACCGGCGCUCCAGAGACCUUUCCAGGAAUGUAUGGCAUGUAUAUUGUCUACAAUGCAUCAUUUAAGUAAGUUUACAUUGUUCAAAAACACUUUGUGUAUACCUUAAAAGUAUCCCUUCUUUGAAAAUAUAUUGUCUCUUUAAGGCCUAAAUACUUCUACCCCUUUCAUCUAAGAACUCAAAUGCAUUUUGUGAUGGCCACCUGGUUACUCAGCCAGGCAGCAGGACUCCCCAACCUCCCACCUCCUGUCAAACUACUAAAAUCACUAUUCCCUAACCCUCCAGCCUGUGCCUCCCAGCCCAGCGUCCCUCUCUCUAGCCGACCCAUAAUCACCAUUUGACCACCAGAGGGCCACUGAGGUAUGGUACGCUUGACCGAGAGCUACCUUGAACUAGCCAUGUCCGUUUCGGGUGCUUUUUGGACAGAACCGGCGCUCCAGAGACCUUUCCAGGAAUGUAUGGCAUGUAGGGGUGCUUCCCUGUUUUGUGUGUAUUUUUUUUUUUUUAAUAUGUUUAAGUUUAAGAUAAAAAGUUUAACCAAGAGCUGACUCAAUUAUUUACCAGAUACAGAGAAACCUAGGCGGGUUUAUGUUGAAUACAAUGGAGACCCCAUGCUGGGGGUCUGUGUAUUAUUCCAGUGUGCCUUGACCUAAUAAACCAGUUCAUUUUCACCCUUCACUAAGUCUCGCCUAGUGUUUGGGUGAGAAAGCGGUACAUCCUGCAGGAGAGCUUAAUCACUCUGGAACUUCUACAUUAAGGGAAGGGGCGACCUAGGGGGUAGUAACCUAGCUACUCGUGGAUAUAGCACCAAUAAUAUUUUAGGGGUUGUAGUGUUGUGCAGCAAUAAAUACCACAAUAAUGUGUUUAAUAGGACACUACAGACAGUAGUUGACAUAUCUAUUUUUUAUUAAUAUAGUUAAAGCACAGGAGACUGUAAUACCCAGGUGACCGGCAGGAAGGGAGCACACAGCACAGUGCUCCUCUCCCACUUGUCACUUCAUGUAGCAUGGCCAAGUGAACCGCUGUACAGGAUUUUCUGUAUCCACUACAAGGUCUGACAGGAAGUGCUCAAUGAGAGCAACGAACUGUUUCUUGCCACAAACAGCUUCUUGAUUAGAGGAUAUAAAAGAUCCUCUAAUCUGCAGUGGUGGUGGAAGGGGGGAGGGAGGGGCAGAGAUCAGUGGUGUAUCUUGGUUUUGUGCUGCCCUAGGCAGGACAAAACUCAGGCGCCCCCCUCUCCCCGCGCCACCCCCACCCAACCCUUCCCCCGCCCCACCUUCUAAAUACACACACACACACAGUCAGACACAUACACACACACACAGUCAGACACAUACACAGACACAAACACACACACAUACACAGUCAGACACAAACACACACAGUCAGACACAAACACACACACAUACACAGUCAGACACAAACACACAUACACAGUCAGACACAAACACACACACACAGUCAGACACAAACACACACAUACACAGUCACACACACACACACAUACACAGUCAGACACACACACACACACACACUCAAACACACACUCACAAACACAGUCAGACACAAACACACACACACAGUCAGACACAAACACACACACACACAGUCAGACACAAACACACACACACACACACAGUCAGACACAAACACACACAGUCAGACACACACAGACACAAACACACACACACAGUCACACACACAUACACAAACACAGUCAGACACACACACACACACAGUCACACACAGUCACACAAACACACACACACAGUCAGACACACACACACACACACACAGUCAGACACAUACACAGACACAAACACAGUCAGACACAAACACACACACACACACACAGUCAGACACACACACAUUAACUUUUUUUUAAUUUAAAUCCCCCCCCCAACCUCCUUACCUUUGGGAGUGCUGUGGGGGGGAGGAGGGUCUCUCUCCCUGGUGGUCUGGUGGUCGUGGUCCAGUGGCUGCAGGGCGGGCGGCGCUGGCAGGCGGGCGGCUGGCGAGGGAGCACUUCCUAUGAGCUGUCUGCUCAGCUCCCUCGCGUGCCGCAGAGUGGGGCUGGGAGCAGGAAUAUGACGUCAUCUUCCGGCUCCCAGCCUCACUCUGCAGCCGGCGCGCGAGGGAGCUGAGCAGACAGCUCAUAGGAAGUGCUCCAUCUCCAGUCGCCCGCCUGCCAGCGCCGCCCACUCGGGAUGUCAGUUAGUUGCAAGGCUAACUAGGCAUUUGCCCUGGGCAUUUGGGGGGCGACGUUUUUUGCCGCCCCCUGAAAAAUGCCGCCCAAGGCAAAUGCCUUGUUUGCCUCGCGGCUAAUACACCCCUGGCAGAGAUACAAAAAGUAGUCUGGGGGACAGAGACAAGUUGACAAGGAGAGAAACAUAGAUGGCCACAGAGGGGCUGGGGGGGGGAGGGCAGUGAGAGACAAAAUACAGAUUAGGGAACAGUGCACACAUGCAAAAAUAUACAGUUUUACAAGGCUACUUACAAGAUAAGGCACUAGCUAAGUGUCAUGUCUAUACUUACAGAGUCUUGCCACCUAUGCCACAGUUUUAUGACAUGUCUCUGAUGUGUGAUAUAACAUGCUUCUUUCAUGAGUGAUAUGACAUGCCUCUUUCAUGUGUGAUAUUACAUGCUUAUUUCAUGUGUCUUGACUAUGUGAUAUGUUAUGCCUCUUUACAUUCCUGGUGCCCCACAUGGGUGAUUUAUGCCAGAAUAGAGCCUUAGUGCUUAUACUUUACUAUACAGGUGGUCCUCAUUUAGCGACCUACCUGUUUUACGACGGUUUGCACUUACGACCAGGCAUAAGUGCGAGCCGUCAUGGGGAAACUUCCCCGAACAUAGAUGAACGCACGAGAGCAGGGAAUCCCUCUGAUGUACAUUUGAGGAAUUUUCCCCGAGCAUUGAUUAAAGGGAUUCCCUGCUCUGGUGCGUUCGUCUAGGUUCAGGGAAGUUUCCCUAAACAUAGACAUGCGCACCAGAGCAGGAAAGCCCUUAACUCCUCACUUACCGAUCAAUUCGUUCUACGAACGGGUCAUAGGAACGGAACCCGGUCGGUAAGUGAGGAGUGUCUGUAUUUUAAUCAUAAUAAUCAUAGUCAUUUUUUUUUAUUCAACAGUAUGACAUGUUUCCUGUUACUUUUUUACUGACAUAAUUAUUUUCUUUUCUUUCCUUUAUUACAAAAAGUGCACUAUUUAGAUAUUUCUAUACCUGCGCAUUGCUGAUUAUACUGUUUAGAAAGGUCUCCGUUUGUAUUCCUGUUUGUCAUGCUAUAUACUAUCAAAAUAAAGAAUGUAACAAAAAGAGGUUAACAUUUUCAAAAAGUGGCUUAAGAGAAACACAGGUGAAUAUUAACAAUUACAAAACUUUCAUCCUCUCUACCUUAACACAACAUGGCAAUUCAUAAAAGCAAUAAUAUAUAUCUGUCAACAUUAUUAGAAUUUUUUCUGCUUCCAAAUGCAGCACACGUAAUUGUUUUAGAAAAGUGCUUCACCAGACAAAUUAAUUAAAUACAUUUCCAAAAAGGUUGUAAUUCAAAGUAUGUUUGAUAGAAUAGUUUAUAUUAGGGUUGAAAACCAGUGUGAGAUUUAGCUAAAAAAAUUUGGAUUUGGAAUUUUGCCUUAGGGAAAUUAUAGAAUGUGCUACAGGUAUAUGCGUUUUCUUUCCUACACUGUGAUUUAAAUAUUCGUUAUACCCCUCCCAGAUUCUGGAAGAAGGGACAGCCUGAAGAGACCGAGAAAAAAAAUGAAAACUGUGUCCGCUUAUCGACCAAUGGAGAAUGGACUAGUGUACAUUGCAUCAAUACUCAAAAUUAUGCUAUCUGUGAGAAAAUAAAACAAAUAUGAGCUGAUACGCAAAAAAAAAAAAAAGACCAAAGCUUUCAUUUUUAAAUUGAUAUCUUUACAAAUCUUUACAGUUUAUUACCUAUUAUUAUUAUUAUUUAUAUAGCACCAACUUAUUCCGCAGCGUUUUACAUUAUAAAAGAGGGUGAUUGAAAAGGAAUUGUUUUACCUAUGCAAUGCUUAGUGAAUAUUCCCCUAGACAUACAGAGCUAUAUAUAUAUAUAUAUAUAUACACUGCAUAUAUUAACCUAUGCAUGUAUUGCAUAAUGAGACGUUGAUUUAAUAACAUAUAUUAUCCUGUAACCCACAGAUAUCUGGACAGGCCUUCCUUGAUGGCUCUGUUGGUGUGAGAUGGCAAGGGAAUAGAGGUGAAGAUCUAAUUAAAGCCCCAUGGGUAUAACUGGAUAUACCUUGUCUAACAUUCUCACCUGCGGCGCCAGAAAAAGGGGGACUUGUCAUAGAUAAAGGUAAAUAAAGGGUUAAAAAGCCUUUGCCUUAGUUAAGUCCUUCCACAUCUGCAGAGGUUAAAAGUAAGAAUUUUUACUUCUACAAUUUGUUGCAGUUUCACAACGACUCCCUUUUUUUCCCCAUGUCAAUCUAACCUUGCAUAGUUUAAAUAAGACAUGCUAGACAUGCGCAGUAGACUAACUAACAGCAAUACGUAAUGUAAUAUGAAUGAUUAUACUUUUUGCACUGAAACUUCUAUGAUUGGUUGAUUUUGCCUUUUGUUGUAUACACCUCUAAGAAAAACUGUGUUUUAUUUAUACGAUGUACAUGCAUUAAAACUUUCGAAUACUUUCUGACCUCCAUAAUGACUGGUGUGCUCAUUGAGUGUUCCCUGCAGCAGAAUUUACGCAGAGACAAGGAAAGCAGAAUGUGUUAGUGCAUAAGUCCACGGCAGCGUAAGAGUUCCAGAUCCUGUGUUGAUAUGCAGCCUAACAGAGGGAAAUUUAGCAAUAAAUGAGACAAUAACAGUAAAUCUGCAAUGUACUAAAUAAUUAACUAUUGCAUACGCAAGAGUUUCAGCACUGCUGAGUGCAUGGGCUGCCCUGCUUGGCCUUCCUGCUGAGCAGCCUCCUAUCCCGGUGCGGUGUGUAGCGAUGUAACACCCCAUUUUUGGAUGGAUUUGUCGAUAGUGACAUUAAUUGUGUCAUUGGCACACCCACCUACCAGCCCUGCCACCUUCCAGUGUCAAAAGGAUGUUAAAGAAAAACUGCAAAUAUCUUAAUGUGGGUACAUGCUCCAGAUGUUCUCUUGUUUUCUGGAAUGUACAAAUCAAUAAAGAAAUGCAAAACACAAUAAUAGUGUUAACCAGGAGCAUGAAUCCUGCAAUAUUUUGGUAAAUUAACACUAUUUCAGUGUUCCAACAAUUUUUUUUUGUUUCUCUACCUGUAUUACUACAUUGCAUUGUGUAAUUAAUAUAAUAAAAUCAAACAUGUUCUGCAGCAUAUAAUUAGUUUGUAAUGUUAACAGUAUAGACAGACUAGACAAGUGUGGGUCUAAACUUGUGAAUUGUGUUAUUAAACGAUUAACUAAAGGGACAGUAAGGGCACCAAUACAAUUGUAAUGCAUUUGAAAUAUUUGUGGGCUCAUUAAUAUGCUGUAUUUUUUGCAAUGUUCAAAUUUGUAUAGUUCUUGCACAAAAUAAAUGUUUUGCAGAA